AUGGAGUCAAUCCCACACAAAAGUAGCGCAGUGUUGUUCGACUUGGAUAACACACUUUUUGAUCACUGCCAUUCCCUGAGAUCCGCUAUCCCGUCCAUCCAGGCAAGCUACGACAGUUUCGAAACGCAUAAUUCCCAAGACCUUAUUUCCAAGUACAAUAAGUCACUUCAGAAGGCCUACGACGAGUAUCUCCGGAACGAAAUCACUUACGAAGUGGCAGAUUUCAAGAAGGUUCGCUUGUUUUUCGGUGAGAUUGGGCUCUCAGAGCCAGAUCACAAGCAGAUCAUUGAGUUCCGGAAUAUCUACAAUUCAUCAUACCGGAAUCAUCGAAGGGCGACGCCGGAUAGCGUUGAGAUGCUGAUACGUCUACGCGAGAAUGGCUUCCGACUUGUACUUGUUACCAAUGGUCAACUCAAGGAUCAGUUGGAGAAGGCGGAAGCCAUCGGAGUGCGUCACCUUGCCGACAAGAUCAUCACCUCAGAAGAAGCAGGUUGUUGCAAGCCCGACACCAAGAUGUUCCGUCUGGCAAUUGAGAGAUUGGGGGCGUCGCCUCAGAAAAGCUACAUCAUAGGUGAUUCUGUGAACUCCGACAUCAAGGGCGGCCUUAAAAGUGGACUCGACGCCAUCUUAUAUUCGCCUAUUGCCACGGACUCCACGCGCGAAUUAUUUGGGACAGCUGUGCCAGUCAUCCACAGCAUGUCUCAGCUCCCGGAACAUCUCAAUUUCAGCCUCCCACGAUUCGCCCCACGUAUCUACUCGCAGCAUUCCCAGGUUAUCGUAGAAGGAAUCGGGAUGGAUGUGGUCACUGAGCCACGCCAUUGUCUCUGGUUAACAAAAGACACUGUGAAUAGCCUUUCGAGGCAAAUAGCCGGUGUCUUUGAAGACAUUUCCAAAGAGAACUACAUCUCUGCCAUCUCCCGACUUGAAGCGAUGAUCAAAAAAGUCGCGAAAGCUGCCUCGCCGAUCGACGAGACUGCCAUUCAGAUCUCAUACCCCGGCCAGGACCACCAACUGAGCGAAUCGAUCACCGAUUUCCCAUUUCAUAUCACGGAGAGACUGCAUAGCGUCCGCGUCGACUAUGAAAAAUACGUUUUCGCAUCCAAACUGACGAUUCAAGCUCACUUACGAGAGUGCAUUGAACUACUUCAAAGCUACUGCGACAACCUCAUGCGAGACCACCCAAGAGCAGCACUGCGCAACCUUCGGUCCGUGAUGUUGAUACUGGCUAAGGUUGCUGGAAUACAAACUUCUACAGUCGUUAAGGGCGAAGGACUUAGUCUCAACACGAUCUGA